AUGGAGCAGCAGGCGAACAGGGCACAUCGCCCUGCGAAAGAGAAGAAGAAAUUUGAGGGUACAGUGAACCCGCUCCAAUACAACUGCAAACUUUCUGCUUUCGAGCCCAUGCUAACAAUGAUUUUUUUCUUUACAGGUGCUAAUCCAAAAGCAUUCGUUACCGCCAGGCCUGGAAAGCUCAAUAAGCAGGCUGCGCGAUCGCAUGAUGUCAAGGAAAAGAGACUCCAUGUCCCCCUCGUGGAUCGUAUGCCCGAGGAGGCCCCGCCAGUUGUUGUCGCGAUCGUUGGACCCCCGGGAGUUGGUAAGACAACUCUGCUCAAAUCUCUGAUCCGCCGCUACACCAAGCAAACCCUCAGCUCGCCGCAAGGCCCGUUGACCGUUGUUACGACCAAGCGCAAGCGCCUCACCUUCCUCGAAUGCCCGUCCGACUCUCUUGCAGCUGCGAUCGAUGUUUCUAAGAUCGCAGACAUUGUUCUUCUCAUGAUUGACGGAAACUUUGGAUUUGAGAUGGAGACCAUGGAGUUUUUGAACGCCUUAUCGACGGCCGGUAUGCCGGGUAACGUCUUUGGUAUCCUUACCCAUCUUGAUCAAUUCAAGAAACAGAGCACGUUGAAGGACGCGAAGAAGCGCCUGAAGCACCGUUUCUGGAGUGAGCUGUACGCCGGAGCAAAGCUCUUUUACCUGUCUGGUGUUAUCAACGGCCGUUACCCCGAUCGCGAAGUGCACAACCUCUCAAGAUUCUUGUCCGUUAUGAAGAAUCCUCGUCCGCUAGUGUGGCGCAACUCCCACCCUUACGCACUUGCAGAUCGCUUCUUGGACAUUACACCGCCUACUCAGAUCGAGGAAAACUCGAAGUGUGAUCGCACAGUCGCGCUCUACGGCUACUUGCGCGGCACCAACUUCCCGUCCCAUGGUGCCCGAGUCCAUGUUCCUGGUGUUGGUGAUCUUACCGUUGCCAAUAUUGAGGGCUUGCCCGAUCCAUGCCCAACUCCAUAUAUGGACCAGCAGAUCGCCAAGGCAACAGGGAAGUCGAACAGGCGCAAGCUUGGCGAGCACCAGAAGCUGCUUUUCGCUCCCAUGUCUGAUGUUGGUGGAGUCCUGGUCGACAAGGAUGCGGUUUACAUUGAUGUCAAGACAAAUACGUUUGACCGAGACUCAGACGAGGAUUCUGGCGAUGAGGAACGCCGGGGUCUCGGAGAACACCUUGUUGUUGGCCUUCAAGGCGAGCGCAAGAUGUUAGGUGAGGCUGAUAAGGGUGUUCGUCUUUUCCGUGGCGGCGAGGCCCUCGAUAACGCGGACGAUGACGAGACGGGGCGAAAAGAUCGACGCCGCGCCCGCGUUGCCGUACCCGAACAAGACGACAUAGAUAUCCCCGAAGGAUCCGAUAGUGAAGAGGAGGCCGAUGAAGAUAUGGACGAGGAUGAUGUGACAGACGAUGAAGGCGAACUCGACAUGUCUGCGCCUGCAGACUUUGAAGCCCGCUUUAAGGCCAAACAGAACGGAAAUACCGACGGAGAGGAAGAAGACAUGGCUUUCGCUGACAGUGAUUCCGACCUUGGUUCCAUCUCUUCUGUCUCAGACCAGGAACUCGAGGGCGGUGAUGAAGACGAGGAUGAGGAUGAGGAUGAUGAAGAAGAUGAGGAGGGCAAUGUUCGAUGGAAGGAGAAUAUGCUCGCCAAUGCCAAGUCUCUUCACGGAAAGCGCCCUCCUUUCCGAGUCACCGACUUGUCCAGAAUGAUGUACGACGAGUCGAUCACUCCAGUUGAUGUCGUGAAGACAUGGCGCGGUGAAGAUUCCGACGACGAUGAGGACGAGGAAGAUAAAACCGCUGACGACGAAGGCGAGGAUUUCUUCAAGAAAACAAACAACGAGAAGGAAGACCAAGCCGACUUCCGCGCCGUUCCAGAGUACGACUACGAUGAGCUGGAGCGGAAGUGGCGGGACGAGGAAUUACUCGAAUUAAUCAAACUCCGCUUCAUCACUGGCAAACUGUCCGGUGGUGCCUCAGAUGACGAGGAUGGUGAUAUGGACGAGGAUGACGAAGAUGAAGAUGAGGGCGACGGUGAUUAUGAAGAUUUGGAAUCUGGUGAAGUUUUCAACGGUAUCAAGGAAGAUGGUGAUGAAGAUGAGGACGAGGAAGGUGACGAGCCCGAAACGGCUGCCGACCUGGAAGCUGAGCGUGAGCGAAACGCCAAAAAGAAAGAAGAAUUGAAACUACGUUUCGAAGAAGAGGACCGCGAAGACGAUUGGUACGAUCUUCAGAAAGCCAAGCUGCAAAAGCAGGCAGAUAUCAACCGCGCCGAAUUUGAGGCACUCGACCCCGCCUCGCGCGCCCGGGCCGAAGGUUACAAAGCCGGCACCUACGCGCGUAUCGUCCUCGAAAACGUACCUUACGAGUUUGUCUCCAAGUUCAACCCUCGCUUCCCUGUCAUCGUUGGUGGUCUCGCACCUACUGAGGACCGAUUCGGCUACGUGCAGAUCCGGAUCAAGAGACAUCGCUGGCACAAGAAGAUUCUCAAGAGCAACGACCCGUUGAUCUUUUCACUUGGCUGGCGUCGCUUCCAGACCAUGCCUAUCUACAGCACCUCCGACAGUCGGACGCGAAACCGCAUGCUUAAGUACACACCUGAGCAUAUGCACUGCUUCGCCACAUUCUACGGUCCUCUUGUCGCCCCCAACACUGGUUUCUGCUGUGUGAACUCGUUCUCGAACAAGAACCCCGGUUUCCGCAUUGCCGCCACUGGUGUUGUUCAGAGCGUGGACGAGCACACAGAAAUUGUCAAGAAGCUCAAGCUCACCGGUUACCCUUACAAGAUCUUCAAGAACACCGCCUUCAUCAAGGAUAUGUUCACCUCUUCCCUGGAAAUUGCCAAGUUCGAAGGUGCAUCCAUCAAGACUGUCUCUGGUAUUCGCGGUCAGAUCAAGCGUGCGCUAUCCAAGCCUGAUGGCUGUUUCCGUGCUACAUUCGAGGACAAGAUCUUGAUGAGUGAUAUUGCCUUCCUGCGCGCUUGGUACCCUAUCAAGCCCCACCGCUACUACAAUCCUGUGACCAACUUGUUAGACCAAGUUGAGGGCGAGAAGGGCGAUAGUGGAUGGCAAGGCAUGCGCCUGACCGGCGAGGUCCGACACGCUCAGGGCAUCGCCACUCCCAAACUCAAAGACUCAGCUUACAAGCCCAUCGAAAGACAAGCCCGUCACUUCAACCCGCUCCGUGUGCCAAGACAGCUGGCUGCCGAGCUCCCCUUCAAGUCGCAGAUCACCAAGAUGAGAGGCCACAAGGACCAGACCUACAUGCAGAAGCGUGCCGUUGUCCUUGGAGGCGAGGAAAAGAAAGCUCGUGACCUCAUGCAGAAGCUCACUACCAUGCGCAACGAGAAGCAGGCCAAGCGAUCCGCCAAGCAGGAGGAGCGCCGCAAAGUCUACCGCGCUAAGGUGGCUGAUAGUCUGGAGAAGAAGGCCGAGCGCGAGAAGAGAGAGCGCAACGAUUACUGGCGCAAGGAGGGCAAGAAGCGCAAGAACCCGGACGAAGACUCCGGUGGCCGUGGACGCGGCAAGAAGCGCAAGUGA